AUGCCUUCUCAACCGCUUGAAGACUCUCCACUCCCUCCACAAUGGGUGCUUGAUCUGCAAUCCCCUCCACGACGGAAAGGCAAGAAUGCAGCGACCUUCUCAAAUCCCCCAGGCUAUUCGGAAACCGCUGUAGGCAAGCGAUCUGCCUCCUCUAAAGUCGCGCCCCGCAAAGUACCUUCAACCGAAGAGACCGAUGCCCUCAAGGUCAAGAAGUCUUGGGAAGUCGCCCUUGCGCCGGCCAAGCAGCUACCAAUGAAUGCCAUCAUGAUGUACAUGUCCGGCAAUUCGUUGCAAAUUUUCAGUAUCAUGAUGGUGUUCAUGUUGUUUAAGACACCUCUCACAGGCAUCGUGCAGACGAAUGAGGCCUUCAGACGGUACGAGACGGAUGGGAAUAGAGAUACGAUACUUGCGGCAAAGGGGUGUUAUGUCUUGAUGCAGCUCUUGGCGCUUGCGCUGGGGGUUUGGAAGGUGCAUAAGAUGGGAUUGCUGCCUACGACGAGAAGUGAUUGGUUGGCUUGGGAGUCGGAGAGGACGCCCUUGGAGAGGGCGUUCUUUGCCUUUUGA